CACUGCGAGGAGUCACUAGCUGAAGAAAACACCAUUUUAAUAGCGAAAUAUACUAGAUACUUGUUUUAAAUAUUGUUGAUUUUACUGUUGGAAGUGCAGAACACCGUGUCAAGAUGGAUCCUGCCCUUUUACGCGAACGAGAAGCCUUUAAACGGCGGGCGAUGGCAACGCCAACCGUUGAGAAGAAGGCAAAAACUGAAAGCUCGUUUACGGCACCGAAGGACAUGAAAAAACCUAGGCCAGCCAGUGCUGCACCGAAAAUCGAUGCUACCAACUAUAAAACUAUGACCGGAAGUUCCCAGUAUCGGUUCGGUGUACUGGCAAAGAUUGUAAAACAUAUGCGUACCCGCCACCAGGAAGGAGAUGAUCAUCCUUUAACGUUGGACGAAAUUCUUGAUGAAACAAACCAACUAGAUAUCGGAUCCUCUGUGAAAACGUGGUUGCAAGGAGAAGCACUGCGCAACAAUCCCAAAAUCGAAUUAACCCCAGACGGGCGAUAUUUGUUUAAAUCGGUAUUUAAAAUCAAAGAUGGCAAAACUCUAAUGCGCUUGUUGAAACAGCAUGAUCUCAAAGGGCUGGGAGGGGUGUUACUGGAUGAUGUGCAGGAAUCGUUGCCUCACUGCGAUAAAGUGUUGAAAAACAGAGCAUCGGAAAUUAUCUUCAUUACGCGGCCAAACGAUAAAAAGAAAAUUCUGUUCUACAAUGACCGGACGGCGAACUUCCAGGUGGAUGAAGACUUUCAGAAGUUGUGGCGUGCUGUCACGGUGGACGCUAUGGAUGAUGCGAAGAUAGACGAGUAUCUAGAGAAACAGGGCAUCCGAUCGAUGCAAGACCAUGGCCCGAAGAAACCAUUGCUGCCAAAACGUAAAAAGCUGGCCAACAAGAAGCGUCAGUUUAAGAAACCUCGAGACAAUGAGCAUUUGGCCGAUGUGCUCGAAACGUACGAGGAUAAUACACUCACGCAGUCGAAUGCUGUACAGGAAAUUAAGCAAAAUAACUGAUCGGUACCAUCGCACUGGCAUCUUGAAGUUUGGUUGAAUUGGCACAUUUGUGGUAACAGAGUGCGAAAUACUUUUAUGACCUAGAGGACGAGUAUAUGAAUUCCAAUUUUGUAUUGAAGCUAAUCACUCUAAAAAAAAUAAAAAAAGAUAUAAAUUU